ACCCUACCUUUAUGGACGAGCGUGUGGGAUUCCAAUGACUUUGAUGACAGAAAAACGCAUCAUUUGCGUAUCGUAGUGACUGCCCCUGAUGGUCAGAGGGGUGAACACGACAUUCCCUUUCGAAUGGAUGCUACUCGAGAAAAGAUAAGAGGGGGUGCAGGCGAAUGGAUGAUGUGGACCCACAUAUCACUUUUGGUAAGAAUGGAACCCAAGGGGUCUCUCUCCAUCGUUGUUCUCCUCAAGCUAAACCCCAACGUUUUGUACUCUAGUUGCGCUUCUUGUGUAUUUUUGCUAUUUAUGCUAUGGUGUUGGUUCUUUUGAUACCCCAAUGGAUCAACGACCUGGAUCCCAACAAACGCAACGCAUUCCAUGUACGGAACAGGGUGUUGCUGCUCCUCCAUGAUAUCCAGUCGGGCAAAAACAAGAGUGUGUAUGCAGGUGUUCAGAAAACAAUCCUGUCAUGGACGCUGCGGACGUUACAAUUCCCUGUGCUUCAGCCGUCUCUGUGGACGUUUUGCUUUGUCUUUUUGUUGGCUUUGCUCAGUCUCCCUUGGUUUUAUGCAGAAUUCAUUCCUUCCAGCCACAGGAUGGGUUACUUUUAUCUCUGGGGUAUUUUGUUCAAGGAUCGAGAGGGGGAUCAGUGGAUUCCCCUGGAUACAUGGCUCUAUGCCAUCUUUCACAUUCUCUUCAGCGUCGGUGUGUUUCUCUUUGUGUUUAUUUGGAAAUCGGAGGAUCCCAGUACGUCCCAUUGUCUCGGCAGCAGCAGCAGUAACAGCACCCAAGAAAACCACCCAACGACAGCCAUGUGCGAUCGAGGAUGGGUUCAGCUACUUUUGCUUGCGUUUUGUCUUUAUCGAUUGCAUGGCGUAUCUUAUUUAGCUCGGUAUUACGGCGGCGGCAGCAUCUAUCCUGUCUUGGUCUGGAACGUGUGGGUCGUGUGGUGGGGGGUCGUGGCCGGUGUUCUUUUACUGGGCCGUCGAGGAGGGGUGGCGUGGUGGUGGCGUGGUCACACUCGCAUCCGUGCGGUUGUACAACAGCAGCCUUUCACGAUCUGUCCUGCUUGUCAGCAGGACACCUCUCGGAGACCGGCCGAGUCUUUCCCACUGGACCCCGUCGCUUCUCCGACCCUGGCGGCUAGUAGUAGCAGCAGCAGCAGCGAAAGAGAUGAAAAGGAGAACGAGCAUGGACCUCGUAUGGAACCUAAGGCAAGGGAGACGACGAUGACGGUCGAUCAGGAGCCUCUGUCCAUACAGCAACAGGAUACGAUUGUAUCCGAACACGGGAUGUACCCAGCGGCGGCUGCUCUCAAUAGAAGAAGCCCUGCUGCUCAUCUUUCUUUUCUAAAGAACGAAUAAAUAGGGUCAAGCCCUAUGGAUAUGUAAAAGUGAUGAACCACCUGUCCUGAUGAAGGAUGGAACACGUCCUGCGAUCGUUUUGUCCCAUCCAUUGGCAGUAGGGGUUUCUAUGGAUGCGUGAUGUGUUGCCUCUUUCGAAACGGUUUUUUUUUUUUUUUUUUCUCAGUGAUAGACGUUCCCAACCGUCUAUCACUCUAUUGGUAUUUUUUUAUUUUAUUUUUUUAUUUUUAUUUUUUGCAGUUGGAUGGAUUCCUUUCCGAGUGUAUUAAAAAGUUAGAGUUAAUGGAACGUAAUGAUGAUUAACGACUCCUUAUUGGUAGAUCCUUAUAGCCAAAAAAAAAGGACGUA